ACCCGGUUCAUGGAGCGAUUUAUCUAUUCGACUAUUCCUUUGCUCACCGGUUUAGUCUAUACGGGUGGAGAGAAUCAAGGUUUAAAGCCAAUAAUUUCCAAAUAAUAAAAAAGUCGAAUUUUUUCCGUUUUCCAGGAAUAUCGAACCCUGCAGCUCUUUCUUCUCUGACUGUCGGAGGGUUUUCUCACUUUUUUUUCCGGCAUUGAAACACGAGUUACACCAACUCGAAAUCGAUGGCCAGGAAACGAAAACGAUCGCUCUUGGAGCAAGGUAACAGUCGUCGCUGCUCAAUCCGUAAACUUUCUACCAAUUAUUUGAAUUUGUCUUCCUCCUCUGAUGAAAAACCCCACCCGCGACUUGUUUGCUUUCUGUCUCUUCAUCUCUUUAUUUACUCAGUGAUAAACUCACCGGCAGAGAAAGAAGAAAGUACGAGUCCUAAGCUCACCAAGUACUGGCUCCAACGUUACAACCUCUUCUCUCGAUACGACGAAGGUAUCGAGAUGGACGAAGAAGGAUGGUACUCUGUAACCCCCGAGGAAAUUGCAGUUAAACAAGCAGAGAGAUGCCGCGGGAAAGUGGUAAUCGAUUGUUUCUCAGGCGUUGGUGGCAACACAAUCCAAUUUGCUAAAGUAUCUUCUUCAGUAAUUGCUAUAGACAUUGAUCCUGUGAAGGUCGAAAUGGCUAUUAACAACGCAUUGGUUUAUGGGGUUGAUGACCGUGUUGAUUAUGUCGUUGGUGAUUUCAUUCACUUAGCUCCAUCUCUCAAAGGAGAUGUAUUGUUUCUGUCACCACCAUGGGGAGGACCAAUGUAUAACAAAGUUGAGACUUACACACUGGACAUGCUCCAACCAAAAGACGGGUACAAACUGUUUCAGAUUGCUCAAACCAUUACGCCUAACAUCAUAAUGUUUCUACCGCGAAAUGUCGAUUUAGCACAAUUGGAAGAACUUGCUUGGCUCUCCUCGCCUCCUCUAACUCUGGAGAUAGAAGAAAACUGUGUUGGAGGAAGAAUUAAAGGCAUAACGGCUUAUUUUAGUUGCUGUGCGGUUUAGUUGAGGAAGUUAGGACUAUUAUUGCAUCAAAUGACAUAUAUCUUUAUGCAUCAAGCGGUAGAGGAGUUGCUCAUUCAUCAUAUGUUUUUGCAACCUUGUAAUUUUUUGGAGAGAGUUUUUUUUUGUUUGUUUGUAUAAUCCUGAUUUAUAUUUCUAAGGAUACAUAACUCUAAUUCUAUCUUAACAUUUUUAGCA